UCCUCCUCCGUUCACGUAACCUUUAACAACUUGAAUUGAUGCUCGUAGCUACGCGGAUUCUACCAAUUGCCCUCAGACAAUCUCGCUCUCUAACUCCGUUCCUCCUCCGAUUCCCAGUUGCCACCACCCGCAAGAUGUCGACCGAUAUCGUCCCCGUGUUCACCAAGAACGCCGCCCCUCCCGCGGGCCCAUACUCCCAAGCUAUCAAAACUCCCACUACCAUCUACUGCUCCGGCCAGAUCCCCUGCGACGCCGAGGGCAACCUGGUCACCGGCACGAUCCAGGAAAUGACGCGGGCCUGCAUCAAGAACCUCAAGGCCGUCCUCGAGGAGGCCGGCUCCUCGAUCGAGAAGGUCGUCAAGGUCAACAUCUUCAUCACCGACAUGGCCAACUUCGCCAGCAUGAAUGAGGAGUACGCCAAGUGGUUCACCCACAAGCCGGCGAGGAGCUGCGUUGCUGUGAAACAGCUGCCCAAGGCCGUUGAUGUUGAGAUCGAGUGCAUUGCCCUGCCGUAAGGUUGGUGCACAUUAAGGGGGUUUUCUCACAGGCCCGGCUUAUUCGAGGGGGACAAAAUAUAUAUUAUGGCAAAAUACAUGUCACCAUUUUCCUCGCCCUUGCGUGCCACCCACUGCUCACUCCCUCAUUAUUUCUAAAGGCAUCCCGGUUAUUAUCUCAUGACAGGGGACAGGUUUUGCACCUUGAGGGAGCGAGAUAGGAGAACAAAAUCGACUCCGACUUCCACAUUUGUAGGGCCGAGGCCAGCCGUUAGGAUGCAAUAAGCUAAACUUCCAUAAUGCUAUGCUAACAUUAC